GGGGGUCUGACAUUUAGAUUCCAUGCAUUGAAACGCGCCAAAUUAAUUAGAGCCCAUAAUGUUUUCCUUACUUCUGCUCCACCUUACAAAUUAACACCUCUGAAUCGACAAUUAACAGAUCAUGUUAAUUAAACUAAAAUUCAAAGCUUAAAAUAUAUGUAAACAAACAUCAAUUCCAGAUAAGAGAGCUCGAUAUAAAAACGACGUAAUUUAUGCAGCAAGUUUUAAGUUGUCGAAGUUAUUUGCUGGAAAGUAGUGCGGCUGAGGACACGCAGAACCACAAACCUAUUUCACUGCAAAUAGGUAACGGAAAGUAAUAAGGAUUAGGCUAGGAUUAUAAAAUUUCACAAUCAAAGUCAAACUUAAAAUGCCAGUGAAAAACAAAUGUCAAAUUUUCCUUAUUUUCGCUGCGCUAUUUGCUGCCUCCGAGACAUUGCCAGUAUUGGAUACUUCGUCAGGCAUAGACAACUCAACGAUUGAGGAAUUACAAGCGAGUGUCAAUGAUACACCAAAGAAUCUUUAUGUUGUUAAGGCUGUUGUGUACGAAAUUGGAAUUUUAACGGAAGCGGACGAUAAUGAAACCAGUUUUGAAAGCCAAGAACGCGUGGAUUUGACCUUCUAUGAUGCACACUCCAACCAGAGCCAUAUCAACCUCGGUGAUGUGCCUUUGCCGAUCCAAACGAACAUUUCCGGACAAGUACUUACCGGCAUAGCGCCCGUCAAUAUUGGCGCAUUCAGCAGCCCAUUGGAGCUUUUACAAACGUUGCCACUAACCGGGACCAUAGUCAAUAUAACGCAUAGCAACACGGCGUAUUAUCAACUCACUAAGUCAAAUGCCAGUGACACGUUAAAGCCACAUGUAACGAGUGUUGAAGAAUUAACAAAUGUGUCUGACCUCUUUCCAGUAGUUAGCGAGGUGCCACUACAACACCCACUUGCAACUAGCCAAGCAGCGGCAAAUACUGUAAAUAGUUAAAGAAUUACUACUACAUAUUUUGAUUGCGGUGCUGAUAUAAUACAUAGCAGUUGUUGGCAUCACUGGAAAUAAAGACUGUAUAUAUGUAUGAAUAUGUACAUAAAUUAUGUAUGCAUGUAUAUGCACAUAGUAUGUAUUUAUGUAAGGAGCUAGUGUUGAUCUGUAUGCAUUGAUUCCUGGUAAUAACUGAUCACUUGUACAAAAUGUCAAAACUUAUUUUAGUGGAUGAAUAAAGUUUCAUCAAGCUAAUUUGCAUGCAUGUAUGUAUGUGCGUCGAAAAGCUAUUUGAAUAUCAACAUUUAUCUAAAUAUUUUCAUUUGCAACAACUUAAUAUACUAUUUAAAGGAAUUUCCAGUUCUUUUUAGACUUUGAAAUAAAAAAAGAUGUAGUGAAAAAAUUGUCGUACCGCUCUUUUUAAAUAAACCAUUAGAUUCCUCUGCCUUAGUACAAUGGGAUUUCCUUAGGACCUUUAUUAUUUUGUAUUCAAAAUUCCGAUUACUUUUUCUUUUUCUU